UGCUCGUGAUAACGUAAUCGAAUGCAUUCGAUUGUGUGCGUCUGUUUGUUUGUCUGUGUGUGCGCUCUGUGUAUAUGCAACACCCCCGCGUCGUCGUCCGCGUCGCACCUGUCCGUUCUGCUUUUGCUGUUCGUGUUCGUGUUCCUCAUGUUCCUGUUCGUGCUGAUCAACGUGAUAGCUUGACCGGUCAUCUCUCUCGGCUCGCGCUCGCCUGCCGCCGCGGCUGGACCGCACCGACCGCAGCACCUGUUCAGCCGUUCGCCGCACCGUUUCCGUCCGUAAAUCGUUGUCGCCGCACACGGUCCCCGUCCCUUCCUAGGUCUCCGCGGUCCGCCGUCCGACGGGCGCGCGCUAUGACGAGCGCCCACGAUCGGUUCACGUCUUCCCGUCCUUCCGCCGCGAACCGCCGUUCGCUGUGAACUCGAGCGAACCGUCACUACGAUGAUCGACCGCUGCGCGUCGACGCCCCGUCUCUCGCGAACGCCGCCGACCGCUACGGUGGCCGCGUUCCUGUUGUUUGCCGUGUGCUCGGUCUCGUCGCUCGCCCACUCGUCCAGGCAACAGAUUCAAGAGGUUCCGAUUAGCGAUGACACCUCCGCUCACCACGGCCGGUGCGAGCAUAUUACCAUACCGUUUUGCAUGGGCAUCGCGUACACCGAAACCAUCAUGCCAAACCUGUUAGGCCAGCAGCGGCAAGAUGAAGCUGGCUACGAGGCGCAGCAGUACUUCCCGUUGGUCAAAAUCCAGUGUUCGCACGAUCUGCAGUUCUUUUUAUGCAGUGUCUUUGUUCCGGUGUGCACCAUCAUCGACGCACCUAUACCGCCUUGUCGAGCCCUGUGUGUGUCUGCACGCAACGGUUGUGAGGGCAUAAUGAAUCGUUUCCAAAUACAGUGGCCAGACUAUCUUGAGUGUUCCAAGUUUCCUGAAAGUGGUGGAGAUAUUCUAUGUGUCGGUCAGAACGUCACAACUACUUCCCAAACUCCACAAACUAAUCUGAUCGAAACUCAAAACAGUAAAAACUCAUCAGUGUCUGGGUCCAGACACUUCCCUGGUGAACAGGGAUAUUCAAACACUCCUAAUGGCUUUGACAUUGGCUUUGUUUGCCCACCACAAUUUCGCAUUGAGACCAAUAUCAACAAAAAAAGAUCUGAUCGAAACGUUCAAGGAUACUCAAUUAAAGUUGGAAAUAGGGUUGUUAAGGAUUGCGGUGUCCCUUGUGAUGCCUUUUGGAGUCAUGACCAAAUGCGUAUGGCUAGAUCAUGGGUUGCUCUAUGGUCUGUUUUAUGUGCUAUUUCCUGUCUAUUCACAUCUCUUACAUUUGCUAUUGAUACACAUCGUUUUCGAUAUCCAGAACGACCAAUAAUAUUUUUAUCUCUAUGUUAUUUAAUGGUUUCUGUAUCAUAUCUAAUUGGAUAUUUAUCCGGAAACAAUAUUGCGUGCAACAAACAAAGCUUAAUUACUCAAGGUACAGAUGAUAAUGAAUGGUGCACUGUACUUUUUAUGGUGUCGUAUUUCUUCAGUACAGCGUCAUCUGUAUGGUGGGUUGUAUUGACAUUGACUUGGUUUCUGGCUGCUGGACUUAAAUGGGGCCAUGAAGCUAUUGAAGCAAACUCUCAUUAUUUUCAUUUGGCUGCAUGGACUGUUCCUGCUGCAAAAACUAUCACAGUCUUAGCCAUGGGAAAGAUUGAGGGUGAUGUUUUAACUGGCAUAUGUUCAAUGGCUGUUUGGAGUGAUGAUACUGCUGUGAGAGACAUGGUAUUGAUUCCUUUAGUUGUAUACCUAAUUUUGGGUACAGCUUUUUGGAUGGCAGGAUUUGUUUCUUUAUGCCGUAUUAGAAAAGUAAUGAAACAUGAUGGAACACGAGGUACAGAUAAAUUGGAAAAAUUGAUGAUACGCAUUGGUGUAUUUAGUGUUUUAUAUACAGUGCCCGCUGUAGCUCAAAUCUUAUGUUUGGUUUAUGAGCAUGUUAAUCUCAGUUCUUGGAUUAUGAGUUGGCAUUCUGCUCUUUGUAAGGAUAAAAAAUAUUCCCUACCAUGUCCAUCUCAAAUCAGUGAUCCAGGAAGAAAACCUAGCUUUGAGGUGUUUAUAGCUAAAUAUUUUGUUUCAUUACUAGUCGGUCUUACAUCAAGUGUUUGGAUUUGGUCUGGUAAAACUUUAAAUAGUUGGCAACAAUUUUUUGCUCGUAUUCGACCUAAUUCAGGUAAAUCUGAAGCCUAUGUUUAAUUAAAUUUAAAUUUGGUUCAUUUAUAUAUUAAUUUUCUAAUAUGUAUUAGUACACAUUCAUUUUUUAGAUAAGAUUUCAAGCAAACUAAUUUAUUUUAUACUUUUCUAAUGUUGUAAAUUAUUAAUUAAGGAUGGUCUAGUAUCAAUAUUUUCCCUUAACCACUGAUAGCUUAUAUUUUAAUAAAAUAAAAUCAAUUUUGCGAUAUUCAGGAACUUUAUGUAUGGUCUAAUAAACCAAUCCAUUUUAAGAAAAAAUAGUCAACAUUUAAUGUAAUGUAUGUAAUUAAUAAUGCCUUAGGCAGAUAUUAAAAUUAAUU